CUACAUGCCCUAACCUGUGCUCUGCUGGACACUAAUAGAAGUCACAAAACUGCUCUAACUGCUGAUAAGAAAAGGUAUUUAGCAGUUUAUAUUUACUAAAAUAAUUGCAUUUCCAUGUUCUGUGUACUGUGGAAGACCAGAUAUAGUGAAUGCAGAUUCCUGGGUUUAGUAACACUUUAAUAUUGCUUAAAGUAAUCUGUUUCUCCUCUCCCCCAGACAAAAGGAGCUAUGCUGCAGGUACAUCCUCCCUGCAAGGUACCAUUUUUUUAUCUGUCCGGAGUUGGGCUUUAGAGGAA